AUGUCGUGGCAAGAAUACAUUGAUAAUCAACUUCUUGGAACUGGUAAAAUUGUUCAAGCUGCAAUUUAUGGACAAAAUGGUUCUUUGUGGGCCACUUCUAAAGGGUUUUCUUUGAGUCCUGAAGAAGUUACUACUCUCGUUGAGUCUUUUGUUGACUCCGCUAAAAUUCAGGAAAAUGGAAUAUACUGCAACGGUGUCAAAUAUUUCACGCUUAGUCAUGAUGAAGAGAAUAUUCACGGAAAAAAGGGUGCGGGAGGAGUCGUUUCAGUGAAAACAAACCAAGCAGUCAUCAUUGGUGUUUACAAUGAUAAAACCACUCCAGGCGCAGCCAACAAGGUUGUCGGAGAUUUGGGUGAUUAUCUGAAAAAUCUAAAUUACUAG